AGGAAAGAUUAGAAAUGAAAAAAAUUUUAAUUUAGAAAAAACUUUUCUCGAAAAACUCGAAAAAACUUUUCGCGAAAAAGACGAAAAAGACGAAAAAGAAGAAAAAGAAUCAUAUACCAAGACAUUUCCUGAAUCAAAAUUUCAGAUUAUAAUCAAGAAUAAAACCUUGAAAUUUGGCGGUGUCGGUGAAGGAAAUAAAUCUUAUUUUUUUAGAGAAUUGCUAGAAGACUAUAUCUCUGACAAAUUUUUCAUAAUCAAUUAUGGUUCAAUUUUAAUGGAAACCUUUUUAUUUAUGAAAGAAGACGAAUGGGUUGAAAAAUUGUGUAAAGCGUGCCAUGACUUAAUUUUCACAGUCGAUGGUCUGAAAUCUACCUCAGAUAUUCAGUUAUUAUCCAUUAUAAUUGAAGUCUUUCCUCAGUUAUUACAGAGGCAUCCAAUAUAUUUAGCUAGAUUUUUAUCUCAAACUGCAUUUGUGUUGCCGUUAGCUGAUCCUGAGUUGAUAUUAGAUAGUGAAAUUGUCAGUUUAUCAUCUGAACAACAUCUAUAUCAUUUUGGAACUUAUAAUAAUUUAACAGAAAAAACUUCUUUAAUUGAUGUUAUUAUUUCAAAAAUUACUAAAUGUUGGAAUAAAGUUAGAGGAAAAUCCGAAUCCGAAGAAGAAAUUCAUCACCCACCCACCAGCAGUGAGAGCACUAUUUCAUAUUCUGAGGCUACAAUCAAACUUCUGAUUCCUCUUCCAAAACCUAGUGCUUCGUAUUCGUUGGAUGAGCCAAGAUUUUCAUCGGAUCCAAAUGAUCCGUGGAAUUUAGCAACAAAAUAUAGCUCUGUUAGUGAAGAUGGAGUUAUUUCAACUCAACCAUCGUUCAUUCAGACACCAACCGCAAGUGAUUCUUCUCCAAUAUCUGCUUGGGAUUUAGAAGAAAACUUCACUUUGAUCAUUUUAAGUUUUUCAUUUUCAUUUUUUACGACUAUUUAUUUCAUGAAUUUGUUUAUUGGGUUGCUUUCUAAUGAAAUUUCGGAAACAAAUAAUAAUGAAUCUUAUUUAAUUCAAAAAGCCGAAAUUUUGGCAGAAAUUGAAUUAUUUUAUAUGCUGCCUCAUCAAAGAAGGAAUAAGGAUUGGUUUCCAGAAGUAAUAAUUUAUAUAGCUCAUGUAAGCGAACUUCGUGACUUAAUUCGUGAAAUUCAAAUUGGAAAUUGGCAGGGAUUUGAAAAGCCAGUUCUUUCCCAAACUCUGUUAAAAGCUAUACAGGCUGAAGAAUAUGAAGAAGAUAAAAUUAAUCCAGAAGAAGGAAGCAUUAAAAAGUUGGAAGACGAGAUUAAAUUAUUGAAAAAUAUGAUUACUCAGUUAAUUGAUGCUAAUAGCACAGAACAAGAUAC